AUGUGCAGCGCAUUCUGCCGUCUCCCCCUGGAGGUGCUAAUCAUCAUCCUCCGACAAGCGCCAGACCUUUCGUCAAUUUACAACUUCAUACACGCAUCCGCAAAAGCCAGCGCGGCAUUUGAGCUCGACCCAGUUCAUAUCCUAGACGACACCAUCGAACGCUCAAUUCCCGACUUUAAGCACUUGGCACGCAUGGUUGCAAUCUUGGGUGCCCUCAAUGUUCCGCCGCCUUACAACACACAAAAUUCUUACGGGCGGCUAACGUUUGAGAUGUUCGUGGAUAAAUUCAAGUCUUUAGACGAGAAUGUUUUGACCACUGCGCCGCCGUCAUCGUGGGCAUUCAUAGCUGGAACACCAGGGCCUCGAUAUCUGUUGUCAGUAGCUGUGCGGAUUCACACUCUGCAAUAUUUAUGUUUGACUACCCUUUUGGUGAAUAUUCAUGAACUGAUAUUUCCGACUCUCAACUCAGAAGAAGGAAGAUAUAGAACCCCGAGAGGCUUGAACGAGAGUAGAGGCCAUUAUUCGGGUCCUGGAAUUACAUUUGAGCCAGCGGCCUGGUGGUCUCCAUCAUACGUUGAACGGUAUCGCGUUGAGCGUGCUCUCUGGAAAUUACUGGUUUACUGGAAUGUUCGAUCGGUUGACCCACGUCUACAGAAUGUAGAAGACUAUAAUUUUACUCAAUACAGCUUGGAGAUACAACGCAUACGCUCAGAUCUGGGGCCUCCACUAGAUCACAUUGCAAGAUCAGCUGAAGUUGAUCACAUGAACUGUGUCUCUGCUACUAUACAAGAAGCAAUUGGCGAUUCUGCUCUGGAAGCCGUCUUCACAAUCUCGAAAAAUUACCAUAAAUCACAGAUCGAAGGAACAUGGUCUCAAUCUUCUGUAGUCUUAGAGGAGACUGCCAAAUGGAGAUUGGAGAAUCCAGCGCCAGUACCAGCAAAGGAUGUCAGGAAAUGGUGGUGGGAACAAGGGAAACGAAGUUUGUUUAAAUAUAACUCCUUAUACAGGAGUUCCUAUUGGUAUAUGUGGUAUUCUUGUGCCGCAUGGGAUCGUCCUCGAGGACAAAGAUUGAGUUUAAAGAGCCGUGGCCUAUAUUUUCCUGAUUAUCUGGACCUCUGCCUCUGGGAUCGGAAACGACUCGCAUAUCUUGGGCUAGAAGGUCAGUUCGAAGAGGAUAUUGAUCCUGGGCUAGGAUAUCCAAAAAAAUCUCAUGUCGAGAUAUGCAAGUCUAAUAUUGUGAAUGAUCGAUGGCGGGAAUUGUUUCUUCACGAAUUGGUCAGGCCACCUGGUGGUCAGAAGUAUAUCAUUUCAGAUGACUGCAGGAUGCUCAUAGACCGCUGGGAAAGCGAAAUAGGUCACCAUGGACCUCACAGCUUAAAACUUCGUCUGGCACCCCCAACCGCUUCAAACUGA